AUGGCUUUAGAAGAAGUCGUGAUUGCUUUGGGAAGCAAUGUUGGAAACAGAAUGAAUAACUUCAGGGAGGCUUUACGUUUGAUGAAAGAAUAUGGAAUCAGUGUAACCAAACACAGUUGCUUGUACGAAACAAAACCUGUUCAUGUCACAAACCAGCCUAGGUUUCUCAACGCUGCAGUAAGAGGCCUAACGAAGCUCGAACCUCACGAACUCUUGAACGUUCUCAAGAACAUUGAAAGAGAGAUGGCUUUUGAAGAGAAUGGUUUAAGGUAUGGACCAAGACCACUUGACUUGGACAUCUUGUUCUAUGGAAAGCAUAAGAUAAUUUGUGAUAAACUCAUCAUUCCCCAUGAGAGAAUCUGGGAGAGACCACUUUUCUUAGCACCUUUGGUUGAUUUGCUUGGAAAAGAAGAUAGUGAAAAUGAUCAUAUAGUUUCAUAUUGGCAUUUACUCUCAAACCAUCCAGGUGGAAUCUUCCAAGUUUGGGAGGGUUUAGGUGGUGAAUCAUUGCUUGGGAAAGACGGUAUUAUACAAAGGGUUAUACCAAUAAGAGAUCAGUUAUGGGACUUUUCUAAGAAAACUUAUGUGAUGGGUAUACUUGAUCUUACCCCUGACAGCUUUAGUGAUGGAGGUAAGUUUCAAUCUAUAGAUUUCGCGGUUUCUCGGAUCCGUUCCAUGAUCUCUGAAGGUGUAGAUAUUGUUGAUAUCGGUGCGCAGUCACGGCCAAUGGCUUCAAGAAUCUCUAGUCAAGAAGAGUUAGACAGACUAAUUCCGGUUUUAAAAGUUGUUCGUGGUAUGCAAGAGAUGAAGGGCAAGCUCAUAUCUGUUGACAUAUUUAACUCUGAGGUUGCUUUAGAAGCUAUAAGAAAUGGAGCUGACAUCUUGAAUGAUGUAUCUGGAGGAAGUCUAGACUCGAAUAUGCAUAAAGUUAUUGCGGAUUCUGAUGUGCCUUAUAUGAUCAUGCACAUGAGAGGAGAUCCAUGUACAAUGCAGAAUAAAGAGAAUUUGCAGUAUAAUGAUGUAUAUAAAGAUGUUGCUUCAGAGCUUUAUGUGAAGGUAAGAGAUGCAGAGCUCUCUAAGAUUCCAUCUUGGAGGAUUAUGAUUGAUCAAGGAAUUGGGUUUAGUGUAGAUCACAAUUUAGAUAUUGUUAUGGAGUUGCCAAAAAUUAGGGAAGAGAUUGCUAAGAAGAGUAUAGGUUUGUCUCAUGCACCUAUACUUAUAGGACCUUCAAGGAAGAGAUUCUUGGGAGAUAUUUGUGGUCGUCCUGAGGCAAGUGAAAGAGAUCCUGCAACUGUUGCUUGUGUUACUGCUGGGAUAUUAAAAGGUGCUAAUAUCAUUAGAGUUCAUAAUGUUAGAGAUAAUGUAGACGCAGCUAGGCUAUGCGACGCAAUGAUGAGGAAAAAGGUUCAAAAGGAUGAUUAG